GUGCGACAGUGAUUCCCGCGGUUCCCAUAGUUCUCGCGAGCCUCAAGUCGUUUUCGCGAGGCGGAUUGAGGUGCCUCGCGUAGGACACCGCGUAUAACGAAGCAUGCAAAUCGGGCGAUCGUGUCCUAUCGGCACCGUCGAACUCCGUCGUCACAUCCGGCGUAUCCCCCGCGAAAAAAGAGCGAGCGAAUCGCACGGUGACAGGGUCGAUACGUUGACUUCAAGGGCGCGCGGCUCACCCACGCAGGUUCGUGGGCCAGCAGUCUUCACCUCCGGACAGAGCAGCGCAAGGAUCGAGCCUGAUGUCCGUAUGGUCGACCAGCACCGGACGAAAUUCAUUGUUUGGCGCGGAGAGCAGCGGAGCGGUACUGCCCCCCUCAUCGCACUUGCCGACCCACGUACACGUGGUGCACGAACACCUGCGCAACGCUGACGGCCACUGCUUUCACAAACCGUUCCACGAUCACUGUCAGUCGACAAUGUCACAAGCGGGGGAUGGCCUUCAUACACCGGGCUAUUUGUCCUGGAGAAAACUACAACUGAGUCGCGCGAAACUCAAGGCGUCCAGUAAAACAUCAGCCCUUCUCUCCGGUUUCGCUAUGGUCGCCAUGGUAGAGGUGCAGCUGAAUCCCGAAACACAUGUUCCACCGGAGAUGCUGAUCGCCUUCGCCGUGUGCACGACCUUGCUCGUAGCUGUGCACAUGUUGGCGCUGAUGAUAUCCACUUGUAUACUGCCGAAUAUCGAAGCUGUUUGCAAUCUGCAUAGCAUAAGCCUUGUACAUGAAUCGCCGCACGAGCGUCUGCAUUGGUACAUCGAGGUCGCGUGGGCCUUUUCCACGCUGCUAGGCCUCCUUCUGUUUCUGCUGGAGAUCGCGAUACUUUGCUGGGUGAAAUUUUAUGACUUUUCGCAGGUCGCUGCCUGGUCAGCCUGUAUAGUGUUAAUACCAGUGCUAAUAAUCUUCCUUGCGUUUGCGAUACAUUUCUAUCGGAGUCUAGUUGCACACAAGUACGAAGUCACGGUAUCCGGUAUACGAGAACUCGAGUUACUCAAGGAACAGAUCGAGUCCACGGAUGUGGAGGGCAGAAAUGGCGUGAAUCUUUUGCAGACCGGAGUAACGCAUAUCGUAUGAAUCGGUCUCUGCGAUUGUUCAUGCCGCCAAAAUUGGAUACGCGAAUCGAACGCGACAAAAGAAUUUCCGCUCCGCGGAACACCGCAAGAAAGAGAGAUAGAGACAAAGAGGCAGAGAUCUUUUCCGAGACAACGUGCUGCGACAAGCGCUUGCGAUGUUUCUCGAAGAAUUUUGCCAGGAAUGUCUUUCGACGUGAACUACUUGAAGAACAUGACAAUCGUUUUCUUCACACACAUCGGC